AUUCUAAAAAAUUACAAAAUAAGAAAAGUAAAUAGUAAAUAGUAAUAAAUAAUUAUUAAUUAAGUAUAAAAUAAUAUAUUCUGUGAUUCUUCCUGUGUAACCCAAAUACCUAAAUUGUGUUCUAUUUAAGAAAAUAACCAAGUUAAAUGCUCCUCUUAUUUACUUCCAAAACCGAAUCAAUAUUUAUUUCUCAAUACAAAUAUACGAGUCAUAAAUCAUGAUAUUGUGUUGAUGUUAAACAUAAUUUAAAUAUUAAAUUAGUCAAAUUAUUUUGUUGUGGAUUCAAAUAAUAGUUUUUUUUAAGGUUAUGAUGAACCAUAGUAUAGAAUCCAAUUUCUACAAUGCUGAAGAAAAUGAAGGAGAGACUGAUAAUUAUGUUACAUGUCCAUUAUUGCAAUUAAAAUAUUCUAGAUCAAGAAAACCAAUUACUAGUCGUUUGGGACAAAAGGGUAGAUCUUUAAAACACAUAAAUGAGAAUCGACCUUUAUUUGAAAAUAAAACAGCAGAAGCUGAUUUGGGAGGUUCAUUUCAAGUUCGUACGCCUGAAAAUUUAGUUGGUGGUUUUGAAAAACUUGACUUAGUUCAUGAUACUCCAUUUGUCCGUCCAGCUAUUAAAACUCAAAAUGAUAGUGAUUUAGAAACUCCAAAUGACACACUAACUAAUAUGAAAAAUGUAAGACCUAAUAUUGAAUUAAGUAUUAAACGGUCAUUAUACAGUAAUAAGGAAAACUUACCUGAUCAAAUAAAAGAAUUAAAAACACCUGAAUCUCAAAAAUUAAACAAAAGUAAUUUAAGUACACCGUCACUCACUAUAAAAGAAAAUGCAAAUAAAUCUUCUGAAAAUGUGAAAGAUGAAACAUAUUAUGUGUCACCUGAAACUUCUAAGUACAAUUACGAUACCAGUUUAUAUCAUAGUUUGAGAGAAACGACUGUUGUACCAGAAUCAUCACAUUCAUCGUUUUCAAUCAAAAAUACUGAUUCAUUUGUCAAUAAUUCUUUAACAACUAAACAAUUAGAAUGUCAACUCCUAGAUGAUCAACCUAAACAUACUACACUUGAACUGUCUCCUGCAGCAAAUCGUAACAAUUUUGUAAUAAAAGCUCGAUCUCCUAUUCGUCAUAUUCCAGUUGGAUUUAUUCAAGAUGGAGAAUUUAAACGUCCAAUUACUUCAUCAAGUACCGUGUGUGUUAAAUGCGCCAAUGAAAAUUAUAUAUCUGUUAAAGGAAUUAAUUAUAGUAUACUUAAUACGCUUGGCCAUGGUGGUUCUAGUGUUGUGUAUGAGGUUUUACAUCCGGACACAAACCAAGUGGUUGCAAUAAAAAAAGUAGAUUUAUCUGAAGUUGAAGAUAUUAUUGCAAAAGGGUACUUAAAUGAAGUUGAUUUAUUACAAAAUCUGCAAUCAUGUGAAAGUGUUAUACGCCUUUUUGACAGUCAAUAUACUACUAAAGAAAAAAUACUUUACAUGGUAAUGGAAAAAGGUGAUACAGAUCUUUCAAAACUCAUUCGUAAUAUGAAACAUAUGUCUGUUCAUAUGAUAAUGUACUAUUGGUCAGAAAUGUUGAUUAAUGUUAAUGAAAUACACGCUAAAGGUGUUAUACAUUCAGAUCUCAAACCUGCGAAUUUUCUGCUGGUCAGUGGUCGUUUGAAAUUAAUAGAUUUUGGUAUAGCUUCAAAAAUUCAUGGAGACAUGACAAGUGUAUUGAAAGAUGUGACUACUGGAACUUGGAAUUAUAUGAGUCCAGAAUGUAUUAGAAGUGGUGGUUCAAAUUUUCAAGGACAUAAAAUAAACCAAAAAUCAGAUGUUUGGUCACUAGGGUGCAUAUUGUAUAGUUUAAUUUAUGGCAAGACUCCUUAUUCACAUUUGACCAACACUUGGCAAAAGUUACAAGCCAUUGCAGAACCUACUCAAAAUAUUAGUUUCUUGAGUCACAGUAAGACAUUUCCUAAAGGUAUACCACCUGUACUAAUGCAAACAAUGAAGUUAUGUUUGAUUAAAGAUGUAAAAGCCAGACCUAAUGUAGUUGAUUUGCUGAAGCUUAUUGAAAAUACAGUAUUCAAACCUAUGACUUAAGUACUUUUUUUAUAUCAUAUGUACUAAAAUGUUGUAUUUAUAAUUCAUAUUGUCAUUUCAAACAUGUUCUUCAAAUUUAUUUAUUAUUUUAAGUAUUGAUAAACAUACAGUACUUAAAAUAAAUUAUGGUAUAAUUAUAUAAAUAAUAUAUAUAUAAUUGUUGUAUAUUAAUGAAUGAUUGUUUACAUUAUACAUUUUAUAUUGUUUUAGUGUUUUAACUUAGGUUAUUUAAAUUAAAUUUGAAAUGAAUUUAACAAAUUGUAUAUAACUCACAUAUUAUUGGAAUUAUAGUUAUAAAUUAAUAAUAAAUAUGAUUAAAAUAAACAUUUUUAAUACA